AAGGUCUCUUUCCAACAUUGGAAAUUCCAUGCCCUAAUUACCAUUCCAUUGACUGGCCUUCACAUUAAAUUCUCAAAAUUUUCAUGUUAAUUCAUCUAUGAUUUUUCUUAAAUGCUUUGUCAGAUAUUUUCUCAUGUUCUAACUGAACUUUAUUGCCUUUUCAUUCAUCUAUAGGUCAGAAUUUCAUGAGUUUUCAGUGUCUUUAUGAAUUCUGAAGAAAAUCAUCAUCUAAACAUCACAUACCUCAGAGAUUUUGUGAGAUUUCAUUGGUAUUGAACCUUAUUCACUGUGUCCAACACUUAUGCUCCCAAAAUUCAGCACAGCAGCAAAGUUAAUACUUGCUGUUAUCACCAUAGAAAUCUUGUAGAUCCAUAGUUUUCAUAGAACAAACCAUAUAGUUUGUGGUGUAUUAGGGUUUAACCUAGAUUUAGAGCAGUUGAUAGAAACAUCUCAUCUUUCCUUGUAAUAAAAGCUCUAUAGUUAGAUAGAUGACUGGUGAUGAAGUUGAUAGUAGCUCUGAGUGGAGCUGGGAGCAGGAUAAAGCAUUUGAGGAAGCCUUGGUAACGCAUCCAGACGAUGCUCUGGAUCGAUGGGAGAAAAUUGCGGCCGAUGUACCGGGGAAAACGGUAGAAGAAAUUAAGCAGCAUUAUGAGCUCUUGGUUGAAGAUGUUAAUCUGAUUGAAUCUGGUUGCGUGACUCUACCGUCUUAUAAUUCUUCUUUGGAAGGCUCAGCAAAUCAUGCAAGUGACGAAGGAGGUGGCAAGAAGGGGAAGCAUGAUAGCGAGUCUAAUCAUGGAACUAAAGCUUCAAGAUCGGAUCAGGAAAGGCGAAAGGGUAUUGCUUGGACAGAAGAUGAACACAGGUUGUUUCUUCUUGGCUUGGAUAAGUACGGAAAAGGCGACUGGCGAAGCAUAUCGAGAAACUUUGUCGUGACAAGAACGCCGACGCAAGUAGCAAGCCAUGCUCAAAAAUACUUCAUCCGUUUGAACUCCAUGAACAAAGAUAGAAGGCGAUCGAGCAUACACGAUAUCACCAGUGUUAACAAUGGUGAAGUUUCAGCACCUCAAGGACCAAUUACAGGUCAAACAAAUGGUCCUCCACCAAAUUCUGCCAUCAAAUCACCAAAACAACCACCUCCUCCGGCUUCAACCGGUGUUCCGGGAGUAGGACUAUACUCUGCUCCUACCAUUGGACAACCUAUAGGACCCUUAGUAUCAGCUGUUGGCACGCCGGUGAAUCUUCCGCCCUCUGCACACAUUGCAUAUGGUAUUCGAGCCCCAGUUCCCGGCGGCGCUGUUGUUCCCGGUGCACCGGUGAACAUGGUUCCCAUGACAUAUCAGAUGCCAGGCACAUCUGCUUCUCACAGGUGAAAAAAUUAGUUUAGAUGUGUAAUGUACAAAAAAUUCUUGAAAAAAAAAAGACACCAGACUUAGUUGGAUUCUGCGUUUACUCUUUCAGUUUCAAAUUAACUGUCGCAUUCGCCAUUUUAAUACAUCGAAAAAUCAAUGUUAUUCAUUGAUAUUUUCAAUGUAGUAAUAAGUCAUAACAUUGAUAUUUUCAAUGUAGUAAUAAGUCGAAAGCUGACAGUUAUUUUGAAAUUGAGAGAGUAAUAUAAUUCUUUUCCUAGAGAAUUUCUUACAUGCAAUGGCACAGUAAAUCAAUAAUUUUCAAAUAAGUUAUGAAAUAUUUGAGGGCCUUGAGCAUAAAUGGUAUGGUAAUUCUAUUAAAUUGUAAAUUAUUGUUUUUAGUAGAUAAUUUAUUAAUCUCGUCACCUUUCCAAAUCUAAAUAAUUAAAUUUAUGGUAUUUUGUUUUAAUAAUUGUGUUUUUGAAUGUUUAC